AUGUCAAACCGAUUGGCCAAAAAAUCCCUGGAUCUCUUGCUUAAAUCCAACCAUGCCGACAAGCCGAAACGUAAUGCCACAGAGAAGAAGCCGAUAAAGCUACCUGCAACAAAGAACGGGUUGAAAAAGAUCAAGUAUGAGUUGCGAUACGGCCAGCAGCAACGUUUAAAGGCAAAAUUGGUGAAACAACAGAAAAAGUCAAAUCCACUUGAGUCCUUGUAUCAAGAGGAGGCUGCGUUGGAUGAUAAUCUUGAAAGGAACUUGAAGAUUCUCUCGAGUCAAAAGCUAAAAGCAAGCGAUAUAGAAAAGGAAGCAAGGGCCGAGCUGCUUAGAUUCAACAAAAAGAUGGAUUACACGAGAAGGAGGAAAUAA